AUGGAUAUUCCAAAUUAUGAUUUCAAUGAAAAUGAAAAUACAAACUUCAAACAGCUGUAUGAGUACAUGCCCAAAUCCAAUUUUAGGAUGCUAAUAUGCGGUAAUUCAGGGUCAGGCAAAACAAACUUACUUUACCACAUCCUCAUGAAACCAUUAGUCUACUAUGACCAGAUCCAUUUAUAUGGCAAAAAUCUGGAACAGGAAAAGUAUCGACCCAUGAUAGAAACAAUGAAUGACAUUAGUAGCCAGGCUGGAUAUGACAUAAUGCAUUGCAAUAAUGAUGACAUUAAACCUGUCAAUAGUCUGGAAAGUGAUGCCUAA